AACAUCCUCAACCGCUUCAGACUGGAUAAUAGUUUCCUUUUCUGGCGUCUUCGUCUGAGAUGUCGGACCAAGCUGCCCGAUGGCGGCAAAACUUCCAAAAGGCACGCGCUACGGCUGCGCAGGUCCAGGGAGAGCUCCAAAAGCUGGAGCUCCUGGGCACCGACGCGGCCUCACGGAGUGAACGCGCCAAGAUGAGCGCGACCAUCCGAGGGAAGGCGAGCCAAUUGAAGAUCGAGCUCGAUCAGUUGCAGCGUGGGCUCGAGAGUCUGAGCAGCAACAGUGCGGAGAAUGAGGUGACCCGCAAGUCCAUCACUCAAUUCAGAGAUGAGCUUGCACAGGCCAUCGCGGAGCAGCAAGAGAUCCAGAAGCGCUUGCGACCCUCCGCUGCACCGGAGACCAACGGCGGAGCUCGCCCCGAUCGAGGUGCAGAAAUGCAACCAGUCUCACAGCGGCAAAUGCUGGAUCGACAGCAGCAGAUGAUGAGGGAGAUGGAUGCACCACUGGCAGCCUUGGAGGGUUCUGUGAACAACCUCCAGCAGGUCAGUUACACCAUCCGAAAUGAGAUCUCCAUGCAGAAUCGGCUCUUGGACAGCACCAAUCAGGCUGCUGACCGCACCUCUUCUCGCCUGAAUCGAGUUCGCUCGUUGUUUACUCGUUUCCAGCGCCUGGACCAAAAUCGCUGUUUGGGCCUUUCGGUGGUCCUCCUCUUCCUUUGCUUGGUGGUGCUUUUCAUUUACGUCGUGCUGCCGUAGGGAUGAGCUACAAGUCGAGCAUGGUUGGUGGUCAACCCGAGGCUCCAUUGAAGCGG